GAGUAGACGUGGAGAGGAUGCUUCUGUUCGUAGGGGAUUCUAGAAUACCAGGGCACAGCCUCUAAAGGGACGUCCCUUUAGAAGUGAGAUGAGGAGAAAUUUGUUGUCAGAGGUUGGUGAAUCUGAGUAAUUCAUUAUCACAGAGCUCCGGGGAGGCCACGGCAUUCCGCGUAAAUACAGAGACUGACAGGCACCUUACUAACCGCCUCGAUAGCGUGGUGUUUGUACAGGUCGGGGCGUCGGGAUUCCGAGUUCAAUCCCGGUGUCCCCAUGAAAUGCGUGGGAUUUCUCCGGUUUCAAGGCCGAAGUCCUACCGGAGUUUGUCCUUCCAAAGUGUACCACCUCACACUUCUCCGGGUUGAACUCCAUCUGUCACUUCUCAGCCCACUUCUGCAUCCUAUCAAUGACUCUCUGCAAUCUUUGACAAUCCUCUACACUAUCUACAACACGACCAGGCAGAAAUUCAUUCUGAAGAUACCUGGGGACCAUCGGAGAUAUUACUGAUUGUCAUAACACCACUGACUCUCUAACCUUGCUGACGAAUUGACUAUGGGUUUUGAGUCUUGCAGCUGAAACAAAAUGACCUAUAUUCCAAGAAAGUGUGGUGUUAAAUUUAAGCCACCUACUAUUGUUUUAAUCUAUGAAGAUGAAAGUACUAAGAAGACUCGACAAAGACUGAUACCUAUUCGAAAUUUCUCCAGAUUUUCAGAUUGCGGCCGAGCCGCAGAAGAGAUUAAGAAUAACCCUCGACACCAAGUAUAUCUAAAUGGAGUGUCACAACAGCAGCUGCAGAAAUUGUUCCACCUACUGAGGGACAGCCUGAAUGGGCUGAGUCUUGAAAAAAGUUUGGAGGCAUUCAUGAGGACAAACUCUAUUAACCCAGAGGAGGACCUCAAUAAACUUGAUGACAAUGAAUUGGCAAAAAAGAAAAAAAUAAUGGAUGAACUGUUUGAAAAGAACCAGCGAAAACCCAGUGAUCCAGAAUUUGUUUAUGACCUGGAAGUUGACUUCCCACAGGAUGACCAAAUUGAGUCAUGUGGCUGGGAUGAAGAAGAGCAAGAUGGAGAGUUUUGA